AUGUCUGCUGGCAAACAUAGUGACAGACGAAGGCCUAAUGCAGAAAUAGGAUUACCAAAGCUAACACCACCCCUGAAUGACUUCACUGCUUUCACCACACAAUCAAAUGUUUCUACUACACUCAGCGGCAUCAUCCUCAUGAUAACCUUUGCACUUAUGUCCAUUUCCAUGAUAAAUGCAGUGUCUUCAGAGAAGACUACACCACAUAUGGACUCUGCCUCUUAUGUUAUUUUGCUCUUCAGGAGGAAAAAGUAUACACCAUCUUUUGACCACAUACGUCCAUUCACUCUUUUGGAUGGUCUGUGUACAGCCACUACAGAUAUUGUGAUGGAUAAGUGGCUGAAACCUGGCACAAAAGAGCUGACGCAUGAUAUGAGCAUGGAAUGUGAUCAGAGUACUUCUCAAGACAUGUCCAACAUUUUGGUGCAAAACACUAACCAGGCACAGUCCUUAGUUUCUCGAAGAGGGAAAAAGAGAAAGUACUGUGAUGGAUACAUGAAAUAUGGAUUUUCGUAUGUGGGAAAUGAAGACUGUCCUAAGCCCCAAUGCGUGGUGUGUGGGGAAGUGCUGUCAAAUGGUAGCAUGAAACCUUCCCUACUUUUACGACAUUUAGAAACGAAACAUGCUAACUAUAAAAACAAAGAAUACAGUUUUUUCAAACGGUUAGCGGAAAAUAACAAAAGAUUGAAUCUGACAUCAUACAUCCUGUUAGGUAACAAAGACUACGAAAACGCAGUUGAAGCUAGUUACCGUAUUAGUUACCAUAUCGCAAAAUGUGGUAAAAGUCAUGCCAUAGCCGAGACUCUAAUAUCUCCCUGUAUAACAGAUGCCGUUCAAUGUAUGCUUGGAGAAGAACAUGUGCGGAAAAUUACCACCAUCCCUCUUUCGAACAAUACAAUAUCUCGAAGAAUUGAAGAUAUGUCUGAUGAUGUUGAAAUGACAGUAAUAGGUAGAAUUAAAAGCAGUAAUAUUUUCGCUAUUCAAGUUGAUGAAAGCACAGAUGUUGCCAAUUGUGCUAUUGUGCUUGUUAUUGCAAGGUAUUUGAAAGAUAAUGAAGUUGAAGAAAACCUUUUGCUUUGUCAUCCUCUGUCACAACGCACAAGGGGUGAGGAUAUAUUUAAUGUUAUUGAUUGUUAUUUCAAAGAAAAGGAGAUUAAUUGGUCUAAUUGUUGUGGAUUAUGUACCGAUGGUGCCAAGUCUAUGUCAGGGAUUUACUCUGGUCUUCGUGGUCUUGUCAUGAAGGUAGCUCCCAAUAUAAGUUGGAGCCACUGUUGCCUCCACAGACAAAGUUUAGCAUGCAAGAACCUCCCUGGUGCAUUAAAACUUGUUUUGGAUGAAGCUGUGAAAGUGGUGAAUUUUAUAAAAUCAAAGUCCACAAACUCAAGAAUUUUCAAAGCUCUGUGUGAAGAGAUGAUGAGUCCUCAUUCUGCUCUGCUCCUUCAUACAGAAGUAAGGUGGCUUUCUCGUGGUAAAGUACUUACCCAGCUGUUUGAACUUAGACAUGAAGUCCUGGUGUUUUUUGAAGACCAUCCUUUCUUCCUUGCUUCCAAGUUACAUGACUGUAAUUGGCUUCAGGCACUUGCAUAUUUAUCAGAUAUUUUCCAGAUUAUAAACAAAUUAAAUAUGACAUUUCAGAAUAGCUCAAUAACGAUCUUCAAUGUCUCAGACAAAACUGAAUCUAUGAUUAAAAAAAUAGAUUUUUGGAGGUCAUGUCUUGAAAAUGGCCAAACUGAGGUAUUUGAAACUCUGCAUAAUUUCUUAUCUGAAAACAAGCUUAAUCUAUCCUGGGAAAUAAGGAAGAAAAUAAAUGAACAUUUGAAUGGGCUAAAAUCUUCCCCAAACUUGAAGAAGAAAUCUAUUGGAUUUCAAAUCCUUUUGAAGAACAAUAUGUCCAGGCACCUAAAUUACCAGUCAAGGAGAAAGAGAAGUUGA